GCUGGAUUUAAAUAUUAAGGAGCCUUAUCUUAUCGCAUCGCCCGCCAGCCAGCUUUGACCCCUGUUCAAAAUUGAGUUACGGAAGACUUCGAACACUGUCAUGAACUCGGCGAUUUUUGGAGCGAGGCAAGCAGACCUCUGCCGCUGGCCGCCUGCGCAUCGCUCAGCAUGGCUUGCCGCUGCCCGCGAAGCCCGCGCGUGUUUCUACCUUUUCUCUAUCCGUCACUGUUCGCACCCAAUGGCAUCUGCCGCUCGAGCGCGGCCGUCGGCGGCGCGAGACGGCACGGCAGCACCGAGGCUGCCGCACCCUCCGGCGAGCCGGUUUCGUCGCGGCUGAACCCGGCGCCGGACGACUACUCGAUGCCCAACUUCGCCGACAAAGCCAAGCUCUCGAUUUACGCCGGCGCCGGCGGCCACGGCUGCAUCUCGUUCCUGCGCGAGGCCUUCAUGGACGACGGGCCGGCCAACGGCGGCGACGGCGGACACGGCGGGAAUGUCUACAUCCAGGCCGUGCACGGAGAGACGUCGCUGCACAAGCUGGCGCGGAGGAAGGUUGUGCGCGCCGGCAGGGGCAAGAAUGGCCAGGGCAGCUCCCGAAGCGGGCAGCGCGGGGAGGACGUGAUUAUCGCCGUCCCCGUCGGGACCGUGGUCAGGGAGAUCAGCAGGGACGACCCAGAGGCCCCGAGCCGGUUUCUGCGCAGGCGGAUCCGCAAGCGGGGGACACUGCCGGCGGAGGAAGGGCCGGAUGGAGAGCCAAUAGAGGACCCGGACCGCGACAAGUGGCUGCUUUACCCGGGCAUGUCGUCCACCGACAUGAAGCGCGUCGCGCUGCCGAGGCUACCGCACCGAGAUCGCAUCUUCCUGCAGCCCAGGGCACCAGUGCACCUGGACUUGUCCCGCCCCACCCCACGUCCGAUCCUGCUCGCCGCCGGAGGGCUCGGCGGGCUAGGCAAUCCCCACUUCGUCACAAGAACCACCCCAAAGCCCAUGUUUGCGACCAAAGGGGAGCGCGCCAUGUCGAUGGAGAUUGAGCUGGAACUCAAGCUCCUUGCCGACGUUGGGCUGGUCGGGCUGCCCAACGCGGGCAAGAGCACCCUUCUCCGGUCCAUCACCAACAGCCGCACGCGGGUGGGCGACUGGGCGUUCACCACCCUGCAGCCGAACAUCGGCACCGUCGUCCUCGACAACAACAAGGGCCGGCCGGCGCUCACCAGCUACCGCCGCGUCUCGAACGCCCCGCAGUCUCGGGGCGACCCGUUCAACGUGCCGACGGGCCCGCAGCCCGAGUUCGAGCGGCGCACGCGGUUCACCAUCGCCGACAUCCCCGGCCUGAUCGAGGGCGCGCACCUCGACAAGGGCCUCGGGAUCGCCUUCCUGCGGCACGUCGAGCGGGCCGGCGUGCUGGCCUUCGUGGUGGACCUCAGCGCCGGCAACGCGGUGGCGGCGCUGAAGGCGCUGUGGACCGAGGUCGGCCUGUACGCGCAGAUGCGCGAGGACGAGGAGCGCGAGCGCCAGCGCCAGGCCGUCGUCGACUGGAGCGCCGCCGCCGGCACCGACGUGGCCGACGACACCUUCUGGCCCAGCACGAUGGGCCUGGGCGACGACUCGCUGCCGGCCGCCGUGGACGCCGGCGGCCUGCACAUCGCCGGCAAGCCGUGGUUUGUCGUCGCCACCAAGGGCGACCUGCCGGAUACGCAGGCCAAUUUCGAGGAGCUGAGGGACUACCUCGCCGCCGUCAGCCGCGGCGAGGAGCCGCAUCCCAGCGGGGUGGAGGGCGCGUGGACGCGCGACUGCACCGCGAUUCCCGUGAGCGCCAUCAACGGCCAGGGGGUGGACAGGGUUGUGCACUGGGCGGUGGGGCUGUUGGAUGGUUGAGCGAGAACUAUGCGUUCGGAUCGCAAUCGCGCUCUUCAAGUAGUGUGACAUCCGGGAGACCAUUGGGCCACUCACGCCCGUUCCGGCACACCGCGUUGGGUAUUUCCAUGCGCCGCCUCGGUCGCCCGUGGCUCGGGUAUGGCCAGUCAUCCUCCUCCUGCUCGUCUGAGGGGCCACGAAGCUGCUACGGGCGAGCACCAUCUGGUUCCUGGCUAGCUCGUACCCCAGGAUAGUCGAGAAACCUGGAGAAUGCCUGGCAA